UAGUCAGUAGUCUAGUCACCACUACAUUCACAUCGGGGUCUGUAGUCUUACUUUGUUGAAUGCUGAGUUUGUUUGUCUCUUUGUUCACUUCUCUCUUUUUCUAGAGUUCACUGAAAAUAACAUUACAAUAUCUCCUGAACCAUUCACUACACACAAAGUUUGAAGUCUGAAAGCUUGUAGCUUUGCUGGUGGUGGUUUUGGAAGAAGAAGAAGAAGAGGAGGAGGAGGAAGUGAAAAAUGGCAGAUUGGGCACCAGUAUUGAUAGGAGUGAUUCUAUUCAUUCUAUUGUCACCAGGUUUAUUAUUUCAGCUACCAGGUCACACUAGGCAUAUGGAGUUUGGAAGUUUCAAGACUAAUGGGAAAUCCAUAGUCAUUCAUACUCUGAUAUUUUUUGCUAUCUUCACCAUUCUCACAUUAGCCCUCCAUGUUCACAUCUAUGCCGGUUAAUUAAACGUCGAUGCAUCUCGUCCCCGGUAAGAAGCUAAAGCUUAAACCUUCUUGAUCAUCUUCUCCUACAUUUUUAUCAUUAUGGUAUCUGUAACUUGAGAGACCAUGGAUCAAUGAGUAGUUUUUGUUGGUUCUGUUAGUUUUUAUCUCUAAAGAAUGUAAUGAUGUACUUCACUUUGUUCUGAUUUGUGUUGUAUCUGAGAAUUCUGGAUCCUUUGUUAUUCAGAUAAUAUUUUCUUAGUUCAUAGCUUCA